CAAGUCUUUUUGCGUGUAACCUCAAGAACAUUUGCCACCAGUCUGACCAAACGGCCCCUUUACACAUGUCAGGCAGACACCUGGAGUUUGCAAGGCAUUUAUUUACUGCGCAGUACUUGCUCAUUCGGCUCACCGACUAUCCGCAAGGACACGGACUGAUAUCUCCUACUUUUUUUUCUGUCAGAAUUUGGUGAUUUUACAAACUUCCUGAAGCCUAGGGUCACGCACAUGAGGGGGCCGCAUCCAAAUUUGAUGGUCGGCGAUGUUGAUGCGCGCCCCCUUGUCGUUCUUGUCGUGUUCAUGUGCUCUAGUAACUCGAUGGUACGGCAAAUAUUUUUUUUCAGGCUUUGCUGGAUAAAAACCCCCAUGGUCCGAGAGCCACACCCAAGGGAAUGCGAAUGGCGAAAUGGGGUGAGGCAAUCGAGGGUCUGGCCAAUGCAAAUCAUCAUCAACGCGUUCUUGGGAGGAGGGGUCACGCCAAAUGUUUCAAGGGCCGCUAGCAAAACACAUUAUGAAGACAUGACUGUAGUCCGUGUUAUUGAAGUUUGUGGGUUCAGGCUGCCUCGUUUCCUGGCUAUGAUCUCCCGUGACCCUGUGCUAAUCAAGGGGUUGGUCUGGGUAUUGUUCUCCUGGAUGGGAUGUUUCCAAGGUUUCCAUUUGGGGUCGGCGAGAUCUACCUGUCUCGUAUGUCAUGCAACGGGGCUUGUCUAGGAUGGGGGGUAUUGUCCGCGCGCUCAAAUGUAAUCACAGUUAGACUACUGCCGUGAGCCGUGAAGAAUGCAACCCCACCCAUGUUGCUACCAAAGAAGUCUCCGUUCUGGUCUGCCCCUUUUCGGAA